AUGAUCAUGGCUAUUCCUACGGAGAAGAUACUGGCGAUGGACUGUAAAGAGGAAGAAGCUCCUCGGGUGGUGGCUGACCAGAAGGAAGGAACAGUCCUUGAUAAUAGCGAUCAGCUUAGGCGACAUCUAGGCAAUCGCCAAAUCCAAUUGAUUGCCAUCGGAGGCUCCAUUGGGACGGCAACUUUUGUCACAAUAUCCUCUGGGCUAACCAAGGGAGGCCCAGCAGGCCUCUUCCUCGCUUACGCUCUUUACUCGUGCGUUUUGGGUCUGGUCAAUAAUUGCAUGGCUGAGAUGGCGGUUUUUAUGCCUGUUAGUGGCGCCUUUAUCCGAAUGGCAGGUCACUGGGUGGAUGAGGCGGCUGGGUUUUGGGCGGGAUGGAACUUUUUUAUCUACGAAGCACUCUUGAUUCCUUUUGAAAUCACAGCUCUGAAUUUAGUCUUGACGUACUGGCGAGAUGAUAUCCCGGUAGAGGCCGUAGUAUCUGCUUGCAUUGUCCUUUACUUCAUCCUCAACGCAGUUACGGUCAAGUGGUAUGGAGAGGCUGAAUUUUGGCUCGCCUCAGGAAAGUGCAUCUUACUCUUGAUUGUCUUUCUCUUUACCUUCAUCACCAUGGUAGGCGGCAACCCUAAGCAUGAUGCGUAUGGGUUCCGUUACUGGAAUGAUCCUGGCCCCUUCGCCGAGUAUAUCGCCACAGGAACUCUAGGUCGUUUUGAAGGCUUUUUGGGCGCUCUCUGGAGUGCCUCGUUUACAAUCGUGGGCCCCGAAUAUAUGUCCAUGGUAGCCGGGGAAACGAAGCUUCCCCGACGCUAUUUAAAGUCCGCUUUCAAGACAACUUAUGCCCGGUUUGCUUUCUUCUUCAUCGGAAGCGCCCUAUGCGUCGGUAUUGUGGUUCCAUAUAAUGAGAAGACGCUGCUGGCCAUCCUGGAUGGAUCAGCUAGUGGCUCGGGAACUGCAGCAGCGUCUCCAUAUGUCAUUGCUAUGAGAAAUCUGGGAAUUUCUGUGCUACCACAUAUCACCAAUGCAUUAUUAGUGACAAGUAUUUUCUCUGCCGGGAACUCCUAUGUGUAUUAUGGCAGCCGCAGUCUGUAUGGCCUUUCUUUACAAGGUCAAGCACCGAAGUUCCUGGGCCGGUGCACAAAAAAGGGAGUCCCGAUCUACUGCCUCCUCGUCGUGAUGGUCUUUCCGUUCCUUGCAUUCUUGAAUGUCUCCAGCGGCUCUGCUAAGGUUCUUACAUGGCUCAUCAAUAUUAUCACCGCUGCUCAGGUGAUUGACUACAUUGUCAUCUGUAUAACCUACAUCUUCUUCUAUCGUGCUCUUCGCGCGCAGAAUAUCGAUCGCCGCACCCUUCCUUACUAUGGCUAUUUUCAGCCUUACUCCGCUUGGAUUGGCCUCGUCUGGAUGACUAUGAUUGUCUGCGUAUACGGCUAUUCGACAUUUUUGCCGGGAAGUUGGAGUGUGGGUGAUUUUUUCACUUAUUACACCAUGGUCCUCGCGGCACCCGUACUUUUCAUUGGAUGGAAACUGAUCAAACGCACCAAGUUCAUCAAGCCUCAGGAAGCAGACCUAGUCUGGGACCGGCCGGUUAUCGAUGCUUACGAGGCUACUUUUACAGACUAUGCCCCCGGCUUCUGGACCGAAAUCUUACAGAUGUUCGGGCUGCGGAGGAACCACAAGGAGCAACGGCAGGUGUGA